AUGGACGCUACCUCUGCCCAGCGUAUGGCACAGGAUCGCAGGAGUCCCGCCCACGACCUAGAUGAUUGGGAUUCGGUACCCCCGUCGAAACGUAAAAAACUUCGAAGGGGAACUCGCAGCUGCUGGGAAUGCAAGCGACGGAAGAUGAAAUGCGUAUUUGACGGUCCCGAUGACGCAGUCUGCGUUGGCUGUCAUCGACGUUGGUCCAAAUGUGUGAGCCAGGAGUUCCCAGAGAAAGUGCCCACCCUCUUGGACAGCAGCCGCCAUCUACGGGAUCGCCUGCGACGAGUGGAGUCUCAACUUGACCAAUUUCUCCGUGUCGCGGGCGGCAACGAUGGCCAAGCAACGGCUGAAAAAGGCCCGGACCGGCCGCCGAAUCAUGGCAUCCCCACCCCGGCCUCGAUGUCCAAAAGCAACGCGUUUCCUGCAUCGCAUCGGCCCAUUAACACACCGGCCGAGGACAAAUAUCUUCAGGACCAACUCAUCCUCGACCAACCUCCAACCUCUGCCCUGCUAGCCAGUGAUCAAGGCGCAUCCGGGGCUGAUCCAUUGUCCCAGAGUCUCUACGAUUCCUUGCCCUCGCGGCGAGAUACCGCCAGAAUCUACAAGGCUAGCGGUGGCCACCAUUCUAUCCCAUUCCAUGAUAUCCUAACCACCCCAUACGGCAUUCUCGACCAGGAUUGCCUUCGGUCGCAAAGUCGCCUGCUCGAGAUUCCGGGCCCGAACGCACACCCAGUUUUGAUAGCGCGUCACAUGCUGCAUCUAGCGAGCUUCCUCCAGCACCUGCACCCAGAUCUUCAUGAAGAGCUUCGGGAUCUCUCGGAACCCCCACAGAUCAUACGCGAACGACUAGCGGAUAAAGCGAUCAGUCUGGUGACCACCAAUGACAGGUUCAUGGGCAGCAUUGAAUUUCUGGAAUGUAUUAUGAUCGAGAGCCUGUAUCAAGCCAAUUGUGGAUAUCUACGACGAAGCUGGAUUACUGCACGGCGAGCCAUGACUAUUGCGCAGUCGAUGGGUUUUCAUCGGCCGGGGGUCCGGCUCCAGUACAAGGUUCUCCACCCGGAGACCAAGGCAUACCCACACUUCAUGUGGUUCCGCAUUGUUUCCUACGAUCGACAGAUGUGUCUUAUGAUCGGUAUGCCGCAAGGGACCACCGAUCGAAGUAUGGCAUCUGAUGCGAUGCUCGCCAAGGAUUCGGCUAGCGGUCGACUUGAGCGAAUCCAUUGUGUCAUCGCAUCGCAAAUUUUGGAGCGCAACGAAUAUGACUCGGACAGCUAUGAUUUCGCGUGCAUGCAGAAUCUCGAUAAGGAGCUCCAGCGUGCGGCCCGAAGCUUGCCAAGCCGAUGGUGGCUGGUCCCGAACCUCAGCGGCGAGACGAAAGGCUCGCAGGCUUUGUUCUGGGAAAUGCGGCGACUGUCGCAACAAUUAUUUCAUUACAACCUUCUCAACCAGCUCCACCUUCCCUACAUGCUUCGCGACUCGGCUGAGCGCAAAUUUGAUUACUCCCGAAUCACUUGUGUCAACGCCUCGCGAGAGAUCUUAUCCCGCUUCAUCAUGCUGCGCCGCUGGAAUCAAGUAUCUUUUAGUUGCCGCACCAUCGACUUCACCGCUCUGAUGGCCGCCAUGACCCUGCUACUGGCUCAUCUGAAUAGUCACCGUUCCUCGCAGGCUGACAAUUUUCUCGCCUCCCAAUAUUUGGGUGACCGUGCCAUGAUCGAGCAGGCACAAGAAAACAUGAAGGAGCUGAACCGUCUGAACUCAGAUACCCUGAGUGCACGAAGUGCUCAGUUGCUGAACCGAUUGCUCGCCAUCGAGGCCAAGGCAGCUGAAGGUGACCUUCAAAGCGCCCAAAGCGUGAGCGUACAAGGGCCGGAAACCGAAGAAUUACAAUCCGACGACUCGAAUAACCCUGGCAAACAAGUCUAUAUCCCAUAUUUUGGGGUCAUUAAAGCUGCGGGAGAGAAUCAUGCUGACGGGAUGAGUUCCCAAGCACAACACGUGCCACUGGCAAACAACCAACAGGGCCAACCUUCAGUUGUCAUACGAAUAGGGCAGGAGGCAGAGACGCAAACACUGCCGGCCUAUCUUGCAACAUCACUACCUCCAGAUUCCUAUAACAACCAUUACCGUAAUAAAUUCAACAGCAACAGCACCAACAAUAACGUAACUGCUCUCUUUGCGCCGCUACUCUCGGAGGUUCUCUCAGAUGAUCCCACGCAGCAAUUUGAAUACCCUGGGACGGUAGCCAGAAUUGAUGAUGAUGCAUUUCAGGAUCUGGAUUUGGCUUUCUUGGACAACUUGAUGAGAGGCACCGGGGAAGAUGGACAAGGCGGCAUAGGCGCCACGGAAUGGCCCGCGGCAUGA